AUGGUUGUGACGGCUGAAAAUGAACAUGAAAGUAAAGGUCCUACGAUCUUGGCAGUCCUCUGGACUCUAACAUCAUUGACCUUUCUAAUUGUCUCUGCCCGAGUGUUUAUUCGCUUGAAGAUGCUCAAAAUGUUUGGUGCUGAUGACUACUUGAUUGUGAUUGCCAUGGCUCUUGGCUUAGCCUAUUGUGGUGCCACGACGGCUUCAGUCGUGGCGGGGUUCGGUCAACAUCAAGUUAUUGUUCUACAGGAUCCUAGCCUCGACUUGUCAAUGGCAAUGCUUCUGAACAACAUAUCUUUCCUUCUUGGUAUCCUCUCAUUUACCAUUCCGAAAAUAGCAGUGACGGCUAUGAUCACCAGAAUUUUCAACCCAGGAUUGGUACAAAAGAUCAUUCUGUGGACCUUGGUCUCCGUGGCCGCGGCGGUUUCGUGUAUUUGCAUUAUCAUUCUUUUCACCAUGUGCAAUCCUCCCCGCGCACUAUGGACGCCAGAACUAGUGCAAACAGGUCAAGCGACCUGCAAAAGUGUCUGGAUGUUAAUUGACUACGCAAUCUUUACUGGAGCUGUUUCGGCCACUGUCGACCUUUAUCUUGCCCUUUAUCCCAUGCUUGUCCUCAUGAAUUUGCAGAUGUCUCUGCGUAAAAGAAUUGCCUUGUCCGCUGCUCUGGGUCUAGGUGCCAUAGCCGCGGCCAUGGCCAUUGUGAAAUGCACUCAGCUGCACGGGCUUGCAGACAAAUCUGACUAUACAUAUGGCAAGCGAACGUGGUCGCCAUCGCUUCGUGCAUCCCGACGUUACAACCACUACUCGAAAUCAUCCUCGGAAAACGGUCCCUCGGCUCCUAUAGCAACGGUAACAGUGGAGGUUAUAAAGGCAGCAAUACACAAUGGAACGCCACUCACGAGCGAAGCAAAAGAUCCAUCCCUCAGGAAGGAUGACUUGGCUAUUACCAAUGUGGAAAGCCAAGAAAGUAUCCUGCGGGCAGAUAAUGACAAGGAUACUCCGGCGCCGGAAAGCAGCAAUGACUUUCCCAUGAGCGCCAUUCGCCGAACAGACAACUUUACUGUCGAGUAUAAUUCAAAAUCUCAUACUCGCGGGGAUACGACGGGUUCAUGGUAG